AUGUCGAAAGUGACUGCAUCCGAUGUUAAUGAGAAUAAUACGAAGGAAAAUCAACAGAACGACACUGUUGUGUUGAAUCACAAUGAUGUAUCGUUGGAACACCCACUAGAAAAUACUCAAGUUAACGAAAAUGAAGACAACGAUGAAGGAACAAGAGAAAAAUGGUCCGGCAAAAUGGAUUUCAUUCUUUCGUGCGUUGGAUUUGCUGUUGGUCUUGGCAAUGUCUGGAGAUUUCCAUAUCUCUGCUACAAAAAUGGAGGAGGUGCGUUUCUUAUACCGUAUCUUAUGUUCUGGGCAUUUGCUGGAAUUCCGCUAUUUUUCCUUGAAGUCUCGAUUGGCCAGUUUCUCAACAUCGGCGGACUCGGAAUAUGGAAAUUGUGCCCUGUGUUCAAAGGUGUUGGGUAUGCAGCAGUUAUCAUAUCCGGUUUGUUGGACAUAUACUACAUUAUUAUCAUCGCCUGGACUCUAUAUUACUUGUUUGCCUCGUUCGCAAGCAAGCUGCCAUGGGAGACGUGCUCUCACCCGUGGAACACCAUCUACUGUGUCAGUGUAUUGACCAACCAGUCCACGCACAGUGCUGCCGAACAAAUUGUAUCUGAUAAUGGCACUUAUCAAAUCGCCGCGACACUUUCGUCUGUUAAUGCAACGACUGAAUUUUACAUCAACGAAUCGUUGAAGGUUUCUCCAGUUGAAGAGUUUUGGAGGCGUGGUGUAUUGAAGAUAACGGAUGGCAUCCACGAAUCAGGGACUGUUAGAUGGGAACUUGCUCUGUGUCUUCUCCUUGCCUGGUGUCUAACAUAUUUCUGUAUUUGGAAAGGAGUAAAACAAACUGGAAAGGUUGUCUACUUCACUGCGACAUUCCCGUAUUUUGUCUUAUUUGUCCUUCUUAUCCGCGGUGCCACGCUGCCUGGGUCUCUCAAUGGAGUUAUAUUCUACAUAACGCCACAAUGGGAACAGCUGCUCAAGCCGCAGGUCUGGAUCGACGCGGGGACACAGAUAUUUUUCUCAUUUGGUAUUGGUCUUGGAUCGCUUGUAGCACUGGGUAGCUACAAUCCAUAUCAUAAUAAUUGCUACAGGGACUCAUUGAUCGUGGGAUGUGUGAAUAGCGCCACUAGUCUCUUGGCCGGUUUCGUUUUGUUUGCCGUGAUUGGGUUUAUGGCGCAUGACCAAGAUAAAGAGGUAAAGGAUGUGGUUGAUCAGGGACCUGGACUGGCUUUUAUGGCAUAUCCAUCCGCUGUAGUAAAGUUACCAAUAUCUCCACUAUGGUCGAUACUGUUUUUCUCUAUGCUUCUUAUGUUAGGACUCGAUAGUCAGUUUUGCACAAUGGAAGGAUUCAUAACGGCACUGGUUGACGAAUAUCCCAAAGUGUUACGAAAACAUCGAGCAUUGUUCAUCCUAGCAUGCGCCGCAGUGUCAUAUUUAUUGGGACUGGCGUGCAUUACAGAGGGCGGUAUGUACUUCUUUCAAUUGAUGGACUACUAUUCCGCUAGCGGCAUCAGUUUGCUAUUUCUGGUAUUCUUUGAAACCAUCGCCAUAUCAUGGGCAUUUGGUGUCCGACGUUUCUACGAUGCCAUCGAAGACAUGAUAGGAUUCAGACCUAAUUACUUUUGGAUGAUAUGUUGGACUUUCAUAACCCCGACUCUCGUAUUAGGUGUAUUUUUAUUUUCAUUCAUAAAAUAUGAGAGGGUUACGUAUGGUGACGAUUACACUUAUCCUAUAUGGGGUGAGUUUAUUGGCUGGCUGUUAGCGCUAUCGUCGAUGGUAUGGAUACCCGGAUAUGCAAUCUACAAAAUAGCAAUCACGCCGGGAACGCUUCGAGAGCGGCUUCGAAUCGUCACAUCACCGGAAAUACCUAUUGUUUUCAGAAGCAAUGAAUCAUCCGGCCACUUGAACAUGGUUCCUAUGACAACUGUUACUAUCAUGAGUGCAAGUAGGCCUCCUUCUUACGACACUAUAAAACAAGACGAAAAUAAUCGAGUUGUCCUGUAA